CUUGAAGAAGAGAAGGCUUAUGUUGCGCAACUGAAGGAUCAGUUGGAAAAGUCACAAUCCGCUUGCAAACGAAGUAAGCAAAAUCUUGAAGCUGCAGAGGAUGAAGCUAGCAAUCUCAAGACUCAGCGCCGGCGUCUUCAGCGUGAUCUCGAAGAAACUACUGAGCAAAAGGAGGCCAUUGAACGAGAGCUCCAAAUGCUUCGAGCCAAACUCAAUCGUGGCGUUCGUGGCACCCGAAUGGGCUCCGCUGGCGUCUCCCGUCCUUCGACCCGCACUGGUGGUGAAGGUACCCCUGAAGACCCCCAGUCCGCUGCCGACGUUGACACCUCUAACGCUGGUGACGGUGCCUCCAACACUAACAACUCCAGCAACAAGAAUUCCACUAAUUCCCCUUGA